AUGGCGUCGGCGUCGUCGGCGUCGGGUCCGCCCAUCACCAAGGCGUCGGUCGACGACUACCGCCAGCGCAUCAAGGCCGACCCGGACCCCGAGGCCCAGUUCAACUUUGCCAAGUACCUGAUCGAGGCGGCCAAGAAGAUCAACUCGUCGGCGGCCGCCGACGAAAAGUCGGCCAAGAAGUACCGCGACGCGCUCCUCGCCGAGUCGCUCAAGCUCAUCAAGCGGCUCGCGACCCAGGGCAGCGGCCUCGGCAAGCCCGCCUACGCCGACGCCCAGUUCUUCCUCGCCAACUGCCUCGGCAACGGCUCGCUCGGCCUCCAGAUCGACCACGAGAAGGCCUACAACCUGUACGUCCAGGCCUCGAAGCAGAACCACUCGGCGGCGACGUACCGCACCGCCGUCUGCAACGAGGUCGGCGCCGGCACCCGGCGCGACCACGCCCGCGCCGUCCUGUUCUACCGCAAGGCGUCGGCGCUCGGCGACACGGCGGGCAUGUACAAGCUCGGCAUGAUCCUCCUGCACGGCCUCCUCGGGCAGCAGCGCAACCCCAAGGAGGGCCUCGCGUGGCUGCGGCGAGCGGCGAGCCAGGCCGACGACGAGAACCCGCACGCCCUGCACGAGCUCGGCCUCCUGCACGAGAAGCCGCCGCCGCUCCUGAGCGCCGCCGCGGCAACGCUCAACGCCAAGGCGCAGGCCGCCGCCGGCGCCGCGCCGUCGUCGGCGCAGGCGGCCAACCCGACGCUCGUCGCGUACGACCCGGCGCAGGCGCGCGAGUUCUUCACGCAGGCGGCCCAGCUCGGGUACCCGGCGUCGCAGUUCAAGCUCGGCGCGUGCUACGAGUACGGCACCCUGACGUGCCCGAUCGACCCGCGCCGCUCGAUCGCGUGGUACACGCGCGCCGCCGAGCGAGGCGACCCGGACGCCGAGCUCGCGCUGAGCGGGUGGUACCUGACGGGCAGCGAGGGCGUCCUCAAGCAGUCGGACAGCGAGGCGUACCUGUGGGCGAGGCGCGCCUCCAACAAGGGCCUGCCCAAGGCCGAGUACGCCGUCGGGUACUACUCGGAGGUCGGCAUCGGCGUCAAGGCGGACCUCGAGGAGGCCAAGCGGUGGUACAUGCGGGCCGCAGCCCAGGGCAACAAGCGCGCCAUGCAGCGCCUCACCGAGUUGAAGAAGCUCGGCGCCGACAAGCGCGGCGCGGCCGGCGGCAAGAAGCGCCCGACCCGCAAGGACGCAGAGACCGAGUGCGUCGUCAUGUAG